AUGACUGGCAGUAAAAUAUUUAGUAUAUUUGUGAUAUUAAUAUCUGGUGGUUUUCUUGUCUGGAUUUCAUACACAGAAACAAACAUAAAGACCAUUUUGCCAUCAUUUAAUUCCAAACUGAAGACUCGAGAAAAUAAAACCAUUGUAUUGUAUACAUCAUUUUUUGGUGAACGACCUUGGUUAUUUGUACAUGAGCACCAAGAUUACACAAAGACAUGUGGAUGUGAUUUCAAUUCGUGUCGUUUGACUUACACUACUAGUGAAGUUUCAAAAGCAGAUGCUGUUUUAUUCCAUGCAAGAAACAUGCCUGGCUUGGCAGAAUUAGACAAUUUAAAUAAGGUAAGAAAACCUAAUCAGAAAUGGAUAUACUUUAUUAUGGAGAAUCCACGCAAUGCACCUGAUGUGCGGCCAUUGGAUAAAUACUUUGACUGGACGCUGACAUACCGUUUAAGUUCAGAUUUUAGAAUGCCUUAUGCACGACAUAUGCGAAUUAUUGGUGAAAAACCAGCGUUGAAUGUAAAUUAUGCACAAGGUAAAACGAAGCAAGUAGCCUGGUUUGUUAGUAAUUGCAAUAACAAACGAGAUAAAUUAGUUUUUAAAUUGGAAGAACUUGGUGUGCAAGUUUCGGUUGGUGGAGCAUGUGCAAAUAAAUUCCCUCAUCAGAUACAAUGCAGUGACCGUGAUUGUAAAGAUGAAUUAAGAAAUCACAGGUUUUACUUUGCUGCUGAAAAUGGACUUUGUGAAGAUUACAUCACUGAGAAAUAUUGGUACAAAUCUUCAGAAGUGAAUACUAUUCCAAUAGUUUUAGGAGGUUCAAAUUAUUAUGACUCUAAGUUGGCCAUUCCUGGUUCUUUCAUAGAUCCAUUUGACUUUGAAAAUCCCGAAAAACUAGCUAAUCAUCUUCAGGAGUUGACUAAGAAUAACACAAUGUUUAAUAGUUACUUUAAGUGGAAGACAGAAUGGAAACUUUAUGGUCUUGGCCGUGGUUGUGAAGAAUUUAUGUGUGAUAUAUGUACAAAACUUCAUGAAAAACCUCUGAUGAAGAGCAGAAAAUUAUCUUCUCAAAUAAACCCUCAACGAGAAUGCGAUCCAAAAGAAGCCGCGUUUAUUAAGUGGCUAUCAUAA